AUGACAGGCACUCAAUCCACUCCCUUUGAUCUGCCUGGGCUUACCCUGCCCCUGAAUUUCACGCCCGAAAGAGAUUGGCUUGAUCUCGUCUAUGGGAAUGCCUUGGAUACCUCAGACCUUCAGGACGGCUAUGUUGGUGCUAAUAGGACCAGCCAUUUGUUCGUUGUGAGAGAGCUCGCUAUGAUACGCAUGAUGGCGGCGAUUACCGAGAAGCCAAACUGGGAAGAAAAGGUCUUCAACGAGGAGAUCACCUCCAAAUGGAGAAAAGAGGCUGUAGAUGGCGAGAACAUCACUGACUCGAUGAUGGACUUCAUAAUUGCAGAGCUGCGCUGGAAAACAGACGAAUACAAAAAGACUGGGAUGGUAGAGGCGUUUGAUCCUGGUGUUGUCAAGUCUGAUACUGCGAUUCCACGCGACAUCCAGGAGCGACUUCAGGAUCUUUCCAGGGCUUUGGAGCAGGAAGGCCCCAAGGACUAUCACCCUAACUCUGACGACAAGGUGGUUGAUCUGGUGCACCCGUCCCUCUUCCCGCUUGUCUAUGGUCGCAGCAAGGCUCUCACUGACAAGCUGAUCGGGACCGAUGAUUGUUUCCUCAAUGUGGGCUUGGGCGAACUCACAAAGGUGCAAGAAGCUCCUUCUCGUGGCUGGCACAUUAAUUCUGCCUACAGUAACCAGUUCCAGUGGCUUCCAUGCGAGGUCAAGUUUGACAACAAUGGCGAAUGUCAGAUCGCUUCAUAUAUCAACAAUCUACAUCCGACCAAACAUCGCGACCUUUACCGUGUUAUUGAACAGGUCCUCAAGCGGACUAUUCCACUGUGGGAGAAGAGUUUGGCCAGCAGGUCGCGCGCGGUCCGCAUCCCAUACACAGAGAUUGAGUAUCUUCCCAGUGAUGAGCCAGAGCCUGAACCGACUAGCGAUGACAACGCAGACGACGAUGAGUUCUUGGACCGUCAAGACGAAUGGCGUAGGGCUCGACAGCCAAAGCACCCGGAUGCAUCUACAUUCACGCCCCCUGAAAAUCCUAUCCGGCAAAAGCCCGACUUCCAGGUCAACUACGCCGAGAAGGGCCUGCAGGUCAUUGUGAAACUGGCUAAUAUCGAGCUUACGCCAGAAAAGCCGAAUUAUGAUGGUGGAAGCUGGCACAUUGAGGGCCAGCUGAACGAGCGGAUCUGCGCCACAGCCAUCUACUACUACGACUGCGAGAACAUCACCGACAACACGCUCUCCUUCCGCCACCGCGCCGACGAGAGGUUCUUCGAUGACUUCCACGAGUAUGAGCAGGGCGAGUUCGCCUUCCUGCGCGUGUUCGGAUUCGAGCCCGACGCUGGGGAAUACGACGGGGAGAACAAUUUCACGCAAGACCUGGGUGGCGUAUCAUGCCGUGAAGGCCGGCUCCUGACAUUCCCUAAUACUCUCCAGCACUGCGUUUCGCCGUUCUCGCUCGCGGACCCUUCCAAGCCUGGCCACCGCAAGAUCCUGGCCUUCUUCCUUAUCGACCCGACCCGGCGGAUCAUCUCAACGGCUAAUGUGCCUCCGCAGAGAGAGGAUUGGUGUAGCGAGUGGAAGGACUCAAUACAGAAGACUCUGGGACAAAGACUUCCUGUUGAGCUUCAGCAUAUGGUCUUGAGUAAUGCAGAUUAUACCCCGAUGACAAUGGAUGAGGCGAAGGAGUAUCGGCUCAAGCUUAUGGAGGAGAGGGGUGCUAAAUCCAUGGAGGCAAAUCAGCGGUUUGAGCAGGGUGGAUUCCAUCUCUGCGAGCACUGA